AUUCACAUACGGUUUCCGCGUGAGCAUCUGACAUAUCCUUACGCAUAUAUACUCUGGUGAUUUUCACUCUGUUUCCAUGCUCAUCUGCGCUCGCUAUCCACUCCCAACAACAGUUGUAGUAUCCCUGCCGCAGGUGCUUCAAAGCCCUCAAAAUACCACAGCACGGCAGCCUCCCUUCCCAUCAUGAAGCUCCUCAUCGUCUUGUCGCUGGCCCUCAAUGCCAUUGCCGCCGCAGUCGUUGCACCUCGGCAGCCCACGUCGCCAUCCCACAUCGUCGCCCUCGGCAUUGACAAUACCGAGAUACUCCUCUACUCAGACGCCGACGCAAACCCCACCGUCACCACCUCAGAAUCAACUGCAACUACUGAAGACAACAAUGAAGACCGCGUCAAAGUCCCCACAGUGACCGAGCAAGUCACAUCCACGUACAAACUAAUAAGCGCGCGCCCUGGCGACCCCGAAGCCAUCAUCAUCCUCCCCUUCUACUUCCAGGUCAUCGAGAACUGCCUCUCCGACAACACUAUCCAAGCCCGCGGUGUAUACAACAAUAAGGAUUACGUGUGGGCAUACACUCUGGCCGAGGGCACUACUGUCACCGUUGAUCACGGCAUCAAGGGGUACCCAUACACCUUCCUCAUCGGACCGUUUGACUACGGAAGUAGUAUCCUGCAAUUCUCGUAUGAUAACGGUGAUGAUUUCAAGUGCGAUUGGAACGACAGCGAGACGUGGAAGAGUUGUGGCGAGUGCAGGACGAGUUUGUGGAGUGCACCGCCGCUGGAUUGUAAUGGCGGAGGGGUGAGGGGAAGGACUAAAAUCAUGAAUUGCUCGUUCAUUAUGGGAUGGAGAAGUCAGCUCACGGGCACUCCGCUCUGA